CCUUUCACUGCUUCGUGACAGCUUUCUCGAGGCGACGGCUCAAAUUCUGAUAAAGAAGAGAAAAUCUCGAUGGAUCCAGACGCUGUAGCGAAGGCGUUCGUCGAUCACUACUACUCGACAUUCGAUGCGAACCGGGCCGGUUUAGGUAAUCUCUACCAGGAAGGUUCCAUGUUGACCUUCGAAGGUCAAAAGAUCCAAGGCUCUCAGAGCAUUGUCGCUAAGCUAACCAGCCUUCCUUUCCAGCAGUGCAAGCACAAUAUCACCACCGUCGAUUGCCAGCCAUCCGGCGCAGGCGGCAUGCUCGUUUUCGUCUCCGGUACGCUACAACUCGCCGGCGAGCAGCAUGCUCUCAAGUUCAGCCAGAUGUUUCAUUUGAUGCCAACACCACAAGGAAGCUUCUAUGUGUUGAAUGACAUAUUCAGGUUAAACUACACGUGAAGAGACGUGAAUCGCUACAAGACGAUGGAAAUACAAUCGCUCGAGGAUUUAUAAAUUAGUCUGGUUAUCUCUCUCUUCAGUUUUAGUCAUGUUAAAUGAAAAAUGGAAAUAUUUUUUGAGUCUUGAUUAUGUCGGUACUACCGAGUACGUUAUGGGUUCCCGUUCCAGUCUCCAUAUUUCUUCAGAGACGUCUGUUGUGAUUGGUUUUGUUGCAGGACGCUGUGUUAUGAACUGGAUGUGUUUGAUUAAAGACGUCUUUUUUAAAAUUAAAGCUCAUGGCUUUCUGAAACAGAUUUUCAAUCAAUAAAUCACAGGUAUUUGCAGUUGAA